CCAGCUGAGAGCUGACAAAUGCUGUUCUUGAAAUGUUGCGCAGUUUACGCGUGUUCGGGAAAGUGCAGGGAUUUUUGAUCCUGUUUACUGACACAAAUCUAGUUCGGAGUUUUAGGGUACAAGAGUUAGAUUGGCUCUUGACCAAGAUGCUGGGUGGGACUCACUGUUGAAUUGGACAUUUGUAAAGCCCCACACUCUUUCCUGUUUGGUUGCUAUGGAGCAACCACUGGGGGACUCUGAUGAUUUACAGCCACAGGACCUUUCCUCCACCCGCAGCCUUCCCGCUGUGAUGGACCUGACCAGAAAAGGUGAGGAAUGCCUCUUGAAAGCCAACGCCAUGGAGGCCCUACGGGUGGUCAAGCCUCCCAGCUGGUACCCAAACUUCCCCGAGACUGACCACGACCACAGGCUUCAACCAGUAGACCAGAUACAGCCGGACAAUGCUUUCUCCAACACUACAGUCACUCUCUCAUAUGUGAGCCGGUCUCAUGUCUUCUCCCAGCAUCCCUCUCUCUCCCAGCAUCCCUCUCUCUCCCAGCAUCCCUCUCUCUCCCAGCAUCCCUCUCUCUCCCAGCAUCCCUCUCUCUCCCAGCAUCCCUCUCUCUACGGCGUCCCGUCGAUCAGCAGGUUCUCAACAAUGGAUGGCUACCUGCAGCAGGUGGAUAGGCCUCUGGGCUUAGCACCUCGGUCGGAAAUACUUGACUCUAUCCCUCCAGCCCAGGUGGUGGGUGAGAAUGUCCCAGGGGUGUGUCUGAUGCAGCAGUCUUAUGAAAUCAAUGGCCAUCGAGUUGCCAGUAACGGAGGAGUGGAGAAAUACAAGCCUCAACAGAGAGGGAGUUCAAUGAAACACACUCUUUCUCAGGACACGGUCAACAAAGGAUUGCAGAAUGGCCAGGGUAGUAGCAGCUGGUCCAACUCUGCCAUCUGUGUCGAUUCCUCCCCAGAGUCUCUCGCUACAGACAUGGAGGAGGGUCAGAGGGCUUCAGAGGUUCUCUUUCUCAUCUCUAGAACAGAGGAGCCGGUCCUGAUGCAGGACAGCAGGAGUCCCAGGGACCUGUGUUCUCCGAAUAGGGACUAUAUCAGUCCUCUGGAGGACCCGGUCUCUCCCUCUGUCUCACUGGACGACGUAGACGAUGGGCUCAUUCUGCCUCAGGCCUCCUGCUCACACUGCGCUUACAAUUAUUCACCAGACCACACGGCUGAUACCCGCUGGGAUGAGCUGGGGAGAGGAGGACCUGGGCUGUCUGCAGUACAGGGGACAAGGUCUAAUGGUGAGAAUAUACCAAGGUUAGAUUACAGCAAGGACUUCCAGCAGCCAGGACAUAAUCCCAAGGCAGCUUCAGAGCCUAUUGUUGAUUUGACAGAAGACGAGAGCAGUGUGCCAGAGGUUUCAGAAAAGAACCCCGAGGAGACAGCUGCUACUCACCUGAAUGGUAAUGUGAAGGCAGAGCGGAGGACUUCUGAGAGGAAACGACUCCCCCCUCGCUCUGGCAGGGGAACCAGGUUAGAGGCCAUAGUGAUGAACAUAAACCCUAACUGGUAUAAAGUAUCCACCAAGAAGCCCAAGCGUCAGACGAACCCCCUGACCCAGAGCAGUCCAUCUAAAGCCGGUGUUAGUCCUAACAAACAGACCUCGUGUGUAGUGAAGAAGAAGAAGGUCCAGAAUAAAGCAGCGUCUAGCUGCGAGGGAGAGACUAAAGUACAGGCAGCAGUAGCCUCACUGACCAGUCAUAUGGAUAACAUUUACACAAACGCAGACAGUUGCAUAGAGUCUACCUCAGAUUCGGAACACGCCCGUUCUUCAAAAUACCCACACAACCACAGCACAUCUCCAAUAACCUCCAGUCUGCCCUUUGCUCCAGACAAAGACUCAGAGAAGGAGUCGGAACACAGAGAGUCAGGUCCCGAGCCCUCCUAUGAGGUGGAUUUACUGACCGUACCACCGUCACUUAAAACAUCUCCAAAGGAACCCGGGAAGCAUCAAGCUAAGACUACAAGCAGCGAAGCAGCUGCUCCCACAGCCAAAUCAAGGAAGGCGACCCCUGCUCCCAAGAAGAAACGGAAGAAACCCAGACUGGACCAGUCCUCAAUAUUCUCCCCUCAGGAGCCUGAGAUCAAACUGAAAUACAUCAACUACAAGGAGGAGAAGAGGGACAUGAGGGUGGACAAGUUCUCUCCUUUCAUCCACAUAGAGCAUAAGCCCUCCUCCACCUCCCACGCCAACUGUACUGUCAUCAACUACCCAGAGGAGGAGAAGCCCAGGCAGAAUGGCCAGGGACAACAGCAGGCUGGAAGUUCAGGAUCCAGGGGUUUCCUCCCAGGGGCUGUACCCUCCACUUCCUGCCUCCAGCUGGGCCGCAUCUCCACCCACAGCCAGCACCACAGCUCCCUGGUUUGCUGCCUGUGUGGAGGCUCGGCUAACGCCAUGGACCUUGGGGACCUCCACGGGCCCUACUACCCUGAGGGAUACAGACCCAGCACUGAAGCCCCAGCUAGCAAACCAGGCCCCAAAGAAGAGGAGGAUCUCAGUGACUCUGACUCAUCCUGCAGCGUGAGAGGCCGGGGCAGAAAGUGUGCUCGGCCCCCGGGGGUCCCCUGGCCCCACAAACCUGACCCCCGGCUGAAACAGGAGGCCCUGCUGGGGAGGUGGACCAGUGACAGCGACCUCUCAGGCAGCCCUGGAGCUAAGAGGGGCAGGAUUGAGGCUGGGCCUUUGGUAACAUCUGGGGCCAGGACUGCAGUGGAUGACUGGUACAUUCCCCCUGUGGUGCCUCUGGACCAGUGUGAGUACUGGCUCCACGAGGACUGCAGCAUCUGGUCUACAGGUGUGUUCCUGGUGAAGGGAAGGCUCUACGGCCUGGAAGAGGCAGUCAAGGUGGCUCAGGAGACGACGUGUUCUCGCUGCCAUAACCCAGGUGCCACGUUGGGCUGCUUCAUCAAAGGAUGCCCCAACAAGUACCACUACAGGUGUUCUCUACAGUCAGACUGUGUCCUCAAUGAAGAGAACUUCUCCAUGAAAUGCACCAAGCACAAGAACAAGUCGUUUCAAGGCUCUGGGAACAGAAGAGACAACCGGUGACACAACCAGAAGACAGACUUGACGACACAUGGCUGACGUCGUUCAUCUGUGGCGUUACGCGGGGUUUCCCCCGUGAACCCGGUAACUGUGGCAACGCUGUAACUGUCCUCUGAUUGACAGCUGGGCUGGGGCGGAAUGCAAACACCCACAAACCUUAAAACUGGCUUUCUGCACUUUCUGCUACCUUGUUAUCUUCACCACAUAAAGCACUGCGAAGACUAAAUAGGAGACCAAGGCUGUCCUAAUGUUCUGGCACCUCAUUCCUUCUCCUGGCUCUGGACUGACUGCCAACGGUGGAUAGUAGAUGGGCCAAUGACACAACAGAAGAGUUGGGAGCGGGGCCCAAAGCCAAUGUCACCAUUUGAUUGAAGAUAAAUGUUUUCACGUCGCUUAUGGCUAAACACGUGCUAUCGCUUUGUAAUUAUUUAUUCGGAAAAAGGAUUCUCCCUUUUUUUAAAUUGAAAUGUUGAUAAAAUAAUUGGAGAUAUUUAAUUUUAUAAAGCUUUCUAAGUAUGUGAUAUAUAUUUGGCUUAUUUAUUUUUGGGGGUAUCUUGUGGCUUUAGUUUUUACUUUGAAAUUGACCCGGAGGUGUGUUUGUAUGCAUCUAAGUUAUGAGUAAGAACCUCGACGCUGAAGACUGCACUUGGUAGAGAAACUGGUGGUGUGGAGACUGGUGCAGAAUGGUCUAGUAUUCAGAUCGACCACAAGUUUAUCGACAGAACCAUAUCUGAUCACAAUACAGGUACCUGAGAUCUAUUCAUAAAGACCAUACUGUACUACAUGGGAUGACAAUAACACCAGAUUCAUCUGAUUUAGUUCUGAGGGUGUGACCAGGCAUUUCAACGGAUUUUACUUGCACUUUGUUUUUUCAUUUGAUAACUGAUAUAAAUAAUUGAGGGUUAACUGUGUCUUACCUGUAUCGUAUAUUCAUUUUGUGAAUGUACUUCCUCUAAAGAGGGAUGUUGCUGAAAGCACUUUUUAUUGGCACUUAACAUAUGAAACUGUUAAAUCAUAUGAAGUUAAGCUAUGUAUGCUUAAUCCUCACCAAAGUGGACUCACCCUGGCCUGUAGCAUCUAGUCCACGACUCGCCCCCACAUACAGUGCAUUCAGGAAGAAUUCACACCCCUUGACUUUUUUCCACAUUUUGUUACGUUAUUCUUUCCCCCCCCCCCCUCAUCAAUCUACACACAAUAUCCCAUCACGACAAAGCAAAAACAGGUUUUUAGACAUUUCUGCAAAUGUGUUAAAAAUGAACUGAAAUGUCACAUUUGCAUUUCCCCACAUCAUGAUGCUGCCACCACCAUGCUUCACCGUAGGGAUGGUUCCAGGUUUCCUCCUGACGUGUCCCUUGGCAUUCAGGCCAAAUAGUUCAAUCUUGGUUUCAUCAGACCAGAGAAUCUUGUUUCUCAUGGUCUGAGUUUUUUAGGUGCCUUUUGGCAAACUCCAAGUGGGCUGUCAUGUGCCUUUUUACUGAGGAGUGGCUUCCGUCUGGUCACUCUACCGUAAAGGCCUGAUUGGUGGAGUGCUGCAGAGAUGGUUGUCCUUUUGGAUGGCUCUCCCAUCUCUACAGAGGAACUCUAGAGCUCUGUCAGAGUGACCAUCAGGUUUUUGGUCACCUCCCUGACCAAGGUCCUUCUCCCCCGAUUGCUCAGUUUGGCCGGGCGGCCAGCUCUAGGAAGAGUCUUGGUGGUUCCAAACUUCUUCCAUUUAAGAAUGAUAGAGGCCACUGUUGUUGGGGACCUUCAAUGCUGCAGAUAUUGUUUUGGUACCCUUCCCCAGAUCUGUGCCUCAACACAAUCCUGUCUCGGAGCUCCUCUGACAAUUCCUUUGACCUCAUGGCUUGGUGUUUGCUCUGACAUGCACUGUCAACUGUGAGACCUUAUAUAGACAGGUGUGUGCCUUUCCAAAUCAUGUUCAAUCAAUUGAAUUUACCACAGGUGGACUCCAAUCCAAGUUGUAGAAACAUCUCAAGGAUGAUCAAUGAUCAAACAGACUCAAAAUUGAGUCUCAUAGCAAAGGGUCUGAAUACUUAUGUAAAUAAGGUAUUUCUGUUUUCAUUUUUAAUAUGUUUGUAAACAUUUCUAAAAACCCUGUUUCUUUGUCAUAGUGGGUUAUUGUGUGUAGAUCGAGAAUUAUUUAAUACAUUUUAGAGUAAGGCUGUAACGUGGAUAAAGUCAAGGGGCCUGAAUACUUUCUGAAUGCACUGUAGACGUUAGUAUCAUCAGUACAGAGAACUUGUUUGUUUCAUUCCAUUGACACCAUGGUUUUAUCUCACUGAUGCAGCUGUCAGAGACUAACGUGAUUGGUCCACACAUCUUCAUUAGCGGUCAUGUGCUCUUAACUUUCCUCUGCUGUUUUUACUGGGAUUCAUUACAUUUUAAUUUCUUUAUUUUCUUGAAUUACAUUUACAAAGAUAGUAAUACAAGCCAACACUCCCAUGACUCACAAUACCUUACACAUGCAUCAUGUGUUUAAACAAGGGCACUUUAAAAUAAAAAAUGUAUUAAUUGAUGUAAACUGACUUGAUUUUAGAUCACCUCUACGUAUAGACCCGUAGUGCUACGGUCAGUCUCUAGUUUCUAGCCGUCUACCACAUGUUUGGGUUUACAUGAUCCUUUACCGGGUAGCAGUUGAUUAUGGUUAGCAUGGUCAUGUUGGUCAUGUUGGCUGUCUGGCUGAAGUCCUCUCGCUCUCUCUCUCACUCUCACACUCACUCACACUCACACUCUCACCUGAACUCUUCUAAACUGCUCGGUCUUUCUCCUCACCAGCUUUGGUGGCAGGGACAAAUCAGUCAGUGUUCAGGAUGUCAACUUCUGUUGCAUCACCACUACUAACCGGGACAGCUACCGUGCUCCUUCUGUUGCCUCACCACUACUAACCGGGACAGCUACCGUGCUCCUUCUGUUGCAUCACCACUACUAACCGGGACAGCUACCGUGCUCCUUCUGUUGCCUCACCACUACUAACCGGGACAGCUACCAUGCUCCUUCUGUUGCAUCACCACUACUAACCGGGACAGCUACCGUGCUCCUUCUGUUGCAUCACCACUACUAACCGGGACAGCUACCAUGCUCCUUCUGUUGCCUCACCACUACUAACCGGGACAGCUACCAUGCUCCUUCUGUUGCAUCACCACUACUAACCGGGACAGCUACCAUGCUCCUUCUGUUGCCUCACCACUACCAACCGGGACAGCUACCAUGCUCCUUCUGUUGCCUCACCACUACUAACCGGGACAGCUACCAUGCUCCUUCUGUUGCCUCACCACUACUAACCGGGACAGCUACCAUGCUCCUUCUGUUGCAUCACCACUACUAACCGGGACAGCUACCAUGCUCCUUCUGUUGCAUCACCACUACUAACCGGGACAGCUACCGUGCUCCUUCUGUUGCAUCACCACUACUAACCGGGACAGCUACCAUGCUCCUUCUGUUGCCUCACCACUACUAACCGGGACAGCUACCAUGCUCCUUCUGUUGCAUCACCACUACUAACCGGGACAGCUACCAUGCUCCUUCUGUUGCCUCACCACUACUAACCGGGACAGCUACCAUGCUCCUUCUGUUGCCUCACCACUACUAACCGGGACAGCUACCAUGCUCCUUCUGUUGCCUCACCACUACUAACCGGGACAGCUACCAUGCUCCUUCUGUUGCAUCACCACUACUAACCGGGACAGCUACCGUGCUCCUUCUGUUGCAUCACCACUACUAACCGGGACAGCUACCAUGCUCCUUCUGUUGCAUCACCACUACUAACCGGGACAGCUACCAUGCUCCUUCUGUUGCCUCACCACUACUAACCGGGACAGCUACCGUGCUCCUUCUGUUGCAUCACCACUACUAACCGGGACAGCUACCAUGCUCCUUCUGUUGCCUCACCACUACUAACCGGGACAGCUACCGUGCUCCUUCUGUUGCAUCACCACUACUAACCGGGACAGCUACCAUGCUCCUUCUGUUGCCUCACCACUACUAACCGGGACAGCUACCAUGCUCCUUCUGUUGCCUCACCACUACUAACCGGGACAGCUACCGUGCUCCUUCUGUUGCAUCACCACUACUAACCGGGACAGCUACCAUGCUCCUUCUGUUGCCUCACCACUACUAACCGGGACAGCUACCAUGCUCCUUCUGUUGCAUCACCACUACUAACCGGGACAGCUACCAUGCUCCUUCUGUUGCCUCACCACUACUAACCGGGACAGCUACCAUGCUCCUUCUGUUGCCUCACCACUACUAACCGGGACUCCCUGGGAGAGGAUUCCCCACACAGCAGGAGAUACACGUGUGUGUGUGUGUCUGUUCCAAUAUCCACACUUGUAUAGCACCUAGAAUAAAGCAAUGUAUUGGAAA